ACUCCGAUCAUUUCUCAGCCAAGUAACUUCAAACGAGGCUCCAUGGCAAGACUCCUGCUCAUCGCGAUCUUCGCUGUCGGAUGGACAUCGCAGAGGACCCAAGAUGCUGCCCCCACCACUGAGCGAGGAGGUGUCAGGCCACCCCAUGCUGCCACCACGCCCGGCCCCGCCACUCCCGUCGCCGAUCACGGUAUACCCGCUCGGCCCGGACGCGGGGCCCGAAGGUUGAGACGUUGCACGUGCAGCUCCAUGCUCGACACGGACUGCAUCUACUACUGCCACAUGGACAUCAUCUGGGUGAACACGGCCGUGCGAACCGUCCCUUACGGAGUUGGGAGCCGGACGAGGGGGAGACGUCGAGUCGGCAGAGCCUGCAUCUCAUCGGAGGCGGGGCCUGGCAGAGGGCAGCGAAAUCGCUGCCCUCCCCACAGGUGCAGGUGCUCCUUGAGCGAUGACCAGCACUGCGGGGAUUUCUGUAGAAUGACAGGCGCAAGACCAUAGUGAUGAAUUCUGGCGAUGCGACAACUUGUGUGCAGGUAGUCAACAUCCAACAUUGACAUCUGAUUCUAGAUUUGAAGCUGUUGUGACUGCAAAGAUUC